CCUCGACCACGUAGCAGCUUCCUGGCAGCGGCCGCCGCUUGUCUCAACUCUGCCUCCUCUCCCUCUCUCUCUGUCACACACUCACACAAGCAGUAGGGAGCCCAUGUAGAACCACGUAGCACCAGCUUCGGAUUUUAAACACCAGCAGCAGCAGCAGCGGCAGCGGCAGAAGCAGAAGCAGCGCUGAAGCAAAAGCAAUGGAUCUGUUUGAGUUCGACUUUUUCAGAGACUGGGAGAUUGAACAACCAUGUCAUCUGGAACCAGAACGCAGUGCCCUCAAGAGGAAAGAGUGGGAGAGGAGGAACCAGGAGGUCCAACAGGAUGAAGACCUAUUCGCAACUGGAUUCAACCUGUUUGGAGAACCUUAUAAAACAAAUAAAGGUGAUGCGUUGGCCAACCGUGUCCAGAACACACUGGGCUCCUACGAAGAAAUGAAGGACCUGUUAACCAGCCAUUCUAACCAGAGCCACUUGGUUGGAAUCCCAAAAAGCACCAACAACCUCCAGACUCCAACCACUUCAACAACAGAGAGACCUGCCCUGGAGUCCCCGCUUUUCACUGAAGAACUAAGAGGACAAACAGGUGGUGGGGGGGGAGCAGAGGACGGUGGAGACAAAGUGAUAGGGAAUGCGUCUUCCUCAUCUUUGACUUCCAUGCAACCCCCUACAUUGACCACAACAUUAUCAAGUGUCACAACAGUCCCACAUCAGAAUUUAAAAAAGUCUCACAGCUCCAUGGAGUGGUCAAGGACAGGCCUUGGGCAGACUACCCAAGGAGCAGGCCUUCUUCUGGGGCAGGUCACAGCAGCUACAAGUGGAAGAGGGAAAAUGUCCGUGCUAGAAGAUCAAAGGCAUGAAGAGCUGUUCAGCUCUCUUAAAGAUGAACUCGGUCUUAAAGGAGACUCUAGUCCUUCUGGCUCUUCAUCAUCCUCCACUUCCUCCUCUUCUUCUCAGAGAAGGCACUUUUCCCACCCCUCCAAAACACUUCCUCUCACAGAUGGUGGCAAUUUCCGAUCCGUCACGAUAGAUAGUGUCCAUUUUAAGUCUUCCACUUACUCUGAAAAUGGAGGACAUUUUAAAUCCUCUCCUUUUGAAAUCGAGGCCGGUUCUCAACUCUCGACAUCUUCCUCUCCGCUUGCUUCCACAUCAGUUCUCAUGACUCCUGGUCUAACAACUCCCAUUUCUGGACUGACUACCCCCACUUUUCCACCUGGUAGUGUUUCUGGGAAGCCCAUCGCAGUGCAGCAAAAGCCCACAGCAUAUGUUCGACCAAUGGAUGGCCAGGACCAGGCACCUAGUGACUCUCCCCAGCUUAAACCCUCUCUAGGGGCCAAAGAAGGAUUUAACAACAGUCAGACUUAUGGAGGGAACUCUGGAAAUGUGAAGAACAAACUGCCAAAACUGAGUCUCAGCCACACAGGGGAGGUCAGUCUGCCAAAUGACUCCAGCUGUGUCGAAGAGAUUUUGCGGGAGAUGACACAUUCCUGGCCUCCUCCUCUCACUGCCAUACACACUCCUGGGAAGGCUGAUCAUACCAAGUUCCCCGUCCUAAACAAGGAGCCACUGCAUGUGACCUCAGGCUACAACUCUCAGAAACGAUGUAGUAUAUCAGCAAACAAGCCGGCUGCUAAACCUCCAACUGCACCACAGAAGUCAAUGUUGGAGGACGACCUGAAGAUCAGCAGUGAUGAGGAGGAGGCCGAACAAAAGGUGUCUGACAAACCCAAAGCCAGAGGCACUGCCCAAAGUGGAGCAUCAGGGAGCAGCAGUGAAUCAGAGAGCACCUCAGAGUCUGACACAGACGAAUCAGAGAGCAGCUCCAGUGACAGCGAGUAUAAUCCAGCCUCCCGCACAAACACCCCAGAGCCGGAGCCACCGUCCAGUAACAAGUGGCAGCUGGACAGCUGGUUGAAUAAGGUCCAAGCCCAAAACAAACCCCUGGUUCCCUCACAGCAGGAACAUCAUGACACAGGCUCCAUCACCCAGGAUCCAGACACUUUCUCUCCUUUGAAUGAAGCACUAGAAGUGGGUGCAGCAGCCAAGACUUCCCCAUGCGGUUCCAACAGCAACCCUGUCGAAGCUGCCCCAAAGGUGGAACACACAGAUACAAGGUGCACCUUCUGCCCUAGCAAAGAGAAGGCCAAGGCCAAGCCCAGCCAGAAGGCCUUAGGGGAGGGCCAGAGGUCAAAGGUGAAGCUGUCGUCAGGCCUAAUGUCUGGGCCAGAGGUCACAACCCCAAGAAGGAACACAACAGGAAAGAAACAGCCUAGACCGACAGAGACAUCAAGUAGCCUGGAGGAUAAUCAGAACCAGACAUGGAGCAGAUUAAAUCAGCACAGCCCUGCAGCUAGGGAAAAGGACAUGUUGCCUCCUCCAUCACUGGAACAUCAGAACCCCUCAAGGACACGAAGCAAACCACCCAGUGGGAAAACAGCCCCCAGGAAAGAACCUCGAAGUGCUACAAACAACAACACAGUUACUCCACCAGCAGCACCACAGCAGACAGCGGUGCCACUACCUGCAGAAAAGAGGAAACACAGAAGUACAAGCAACAGAAUCGUUCCCAAGUCUCGAGAAUUCAUCGAAACAGAUUCCUCCUCCUCCUCUUCUGAAUGCCAGUCGGAUUCAGAGAAAGCCAUCAAAAUAUUCCCUCUGCCACCUCAGACGACACACUCUGUGAUAAACACACAGACUCUGUCCAAUGCACACGUGCACACUCCCCCUCUCCCAAGCCUUUCCUCUGGCGGCACUUCAGGCACUAUAGGAACAUUUGGAGGAAAGGGACUUCCAGUCAUAGAUGGUAGCAUUGAGACCAAUAACAGUAGCGGCAGUAGUAAAAGUAGCAUGAGCAGUGGUAGUAAAGGCAGUAGUGGUAGUAGCAGUAGUUCCCUAAGCAUUAUCAAUGUAAGUGGUUCAUUUGGUAUUUCGGUCCCUGAUCCUGGAGGGUCAGGGGGACAGUGCAAAAACCUGAUGCCCAUGUCACCACCCUCCGACAUGGGACACAAGGUGCCUCUCUCCCCCUUAAGGGAAUACAAAGAGAUCCAAUGUUUAUGGGUGAAAAUUGACCUGUGUUUACUCAGCAGGGUGCCUAGCAAGGGUCUGGGGGAAAGAUCCAGAGCGGGAGAAUGGGACAGAAGUGAGAGGACAGAUACAGAGAGGCUGAAGGACAGGGAGAGGACCGGGUUGGCAGAGAAGGACAGACAAAAGCAGGAAGGGAAACUAUGGCCUGUACUGAGUGAGAGGCAUAAGUUAACCAAAGUGGAAAAGGAAGAAGACACAGAGAUAUUAAUGCCUGAGAGGCAAGAUGACAGAGGGAGAUUAACAGAGAGAGAGAAGCAGACUGAAAGAGAGGACAGAGAGAGAUUAAGGCUCGGGGAGAGGACAGACGGGAGGGAAGGAGACAUUGUGAGCCAUGGUCUGGAGGUGGUGGACAACCCCCCUGUGCACGAGCAGAGUAAUCCUUGGCUGGCAAGGAGGACGGAGAGGGGAGAUAAAGGAGGCAAACAUAGGAGGCAUGCACCUAAAAAAACAGUUUUCCUGAAUGAGAAACACACCAGCAAGAGCAAGAGGAAACACAAGUCGGACCCCAGUUACCCAUCAGUCGAAGCCAAUAAGAAGCUGCGAUUGGACAAAGACUGCCAGCUGCUCCCACCAUGCAUCUCUCCAAUACACAACCACAAGAACAACAACACAGACCCUUUUAACAAGAAGCAGUCUCGACACCACAAUGACAAGCUGCUUCCACCGCUCCUAUCCCCCCUCUCAGAUGACCCACCUCACAAACAAGACGGCAGUUCCUCGCUGAGCCAGGAGGCCAGCACCACCACCUCUUCCACUUCCACUUCCUCUUCCUUACACAGACACAGGAGAGGUGAAGGCAAAGGAUCGUCACAUGCAAAAAAUGGCAGUAAAAGUGAUACCCAGGCUGAGCAGCUCAGCGGAGACGGCUACCAUGCCAACGGACAUAAUUUGGAGGUGUGGACAGAACCAGUGAUGGAAGCUGCUGAACUUCGCAGGCCAAGACUGUCAUUUAGCGACACGGUCCACGGUGCAGACUACUACAUGCAGGAGGCCAAGAGGCUGAAACAUAAGGCUGAUGCAUUGAUGGACAAAUUUGGUAAAGCCGUGAACUACACCGAUGGUGCCCUCUCCUUCAUAGAGUGUGGAAAUGCGAUGGAGAGAGAUCCACUAGAGGCCAAAUCCCCAUAUACUAUGUACUCUGAGACUGUCGAGCUAAUCAGGUAUGCCAUGAGGUUAAAGAACUUCACCAGCCAUUCAGCCACCGUCGCUGAGAAGAAACUAGCUAUGUUGUGUAACCGCUGUCUGUCUCUGCUGUAUCUGAGGAUGUUCCAUCUGAAGAAAGACCAUGCUGUCAAGUACUCCCGGUCGCUCAUGGAGUACUUCAAGAAUUCAGCCAAAAGUUCCCACCAAGCAACCUCUCCCUGGAGGACCAAUGGGAAGGUCAAAGAGACUCCAUCUCCCCCAUCACUCAGCCCCUCCCCAGCAAGCAAUGGAGGAGGAAGCGGAGAUGCAGUGGGAGGAUCUGGAGGCUCAUCAGGCACUGUGGCGAUUCCUCAACGGAUUCACCACAUGGCAGCCAGUCAUGUCAACAUCACGAACAACAUUCUGCGGAGCUAUGACCACUGGGAGACAGCUGACAGACUAGCCACUAAUAGCCAAGAGUUUUUCCAGGAGCUGGACUUAGUGAUGGAGCCAUUGAGUCAGCAGAGCAGCAUGACUGAACUGGUCCGGUACAUCAGACAGGGACUACACUGGCUCCGCUUGGAGGCUCACCUGCUCUAAGAACUGGACCAGCACAAGAUGAAGAUAAGAAAAAGAAAUAGGCCUGGGAAGUCCAAGUGCAAUAAAAAGUCAGAGGAGAUUCAGGAAGAUGUUUAUAUUCCUGACACCACCAAUGUUAAUAUAAAAGCAUAGACGGGUUGACUCAUUUCACAGAAAUGCCCAUGCAGUAGGAAACUGAAGGACUUACUUUGUAUUUUGAAAUAGGAAUCAAGGGAUAACUUUGCCUUUAAGAAGUGUAGGUUAAAUUCCUGAAAUUGAAAUCUCCAAGAUAAUAAAGAGGCUCAACAGUUACUGAUCUGCUCAAGCAGUGGCCAGUAAAUGUGUUUUAAGUUGGGACAAGGAGUAAAGCCUCAGGCUUCUAUUGAUCAGAAUGAAGUAUCAAGGAACCUGCUGGUAAAGGAAGGGUUCAGCUACAACCACAAGAGCUAAUAAUAAUAAUAAAGAGGUGGAAAUGACUUCAGUCAUUAAGUCAGAGCCGUUUGUGGCCUGGAAUUUGUGGUUUUCUGAUUUAGAAACAUCUGGAGUCCGAUCUGGAAUAUGUUAGUACAUUGCAAGCCUCACAACUUGAAUAUGAAGAAGUCUGUAGUUAGACUGAGGAGGACAAGACCGUGUAGGGUUGUCAGCUGAACAUGGACACUUCAUGGUUCUAUAAAUGGGGGCACUCUUCAAACAGAAAAGGCCUUUCACAAGUCUUAGUUUAUUAUUAAUGAGCUUGUAUGAUAUUGAAAUCCUGUAAUUUCUGAACAGUUACGCGCCCACCAUGGUGUCACACUCUUGCUUAAGCAAAAAACGGCAAGUCUGAAUAUAAUUUGACAACAAUAAGGCUUAAUGAGAUCUAAUCACUUUAAUCUCAUUAAGGCUCGUCUUUGUUUCCCAUUAUCCGUCAUGUGCAGGUGUUGGUGCAAAUAUGUGUACAGCUGACUGCCAUGUCUAACUUAAGCACUAUCUGAUUGGACAAUAAUGAUUUUUGUAUAUUGUGUAUAUUGUAAUGUACAUACUGGAAUUCUUGUGAUUGUUUUUGAGUCAAUUGUGAAAAAUUCCCUGUGGAUCAAUCCUAUGAAACACAUUUUUUUUCCAUGUGAGUAUGUGUUUGUGUGUGUGUGUGUGUGUGUGUGUGUGUGUGUGUGUGUGUGUGUGUGUGUGUGUGUGUGUGUGUGUGUGUGUCUGUCUGAGUAUUAGUAACUCUGUGCCUGAAAUUACACAGACACAUACGAUCAGUUUUUUAACCCUUAUUGGCAGAAAAAGGAAACUCUUUUAUUUUAAUGAGGUUAAAAAAUUAAAUGGCAUGGGGUUAGAGACUUCAAAUAUUAAAGUCAACCCUGGAUUACUAUGAUGAAGUAAUAGGGCCACGUUAAAGACAAUAAGGUAGUUGUUUAUUUUGAGAAAAAAGUCGUAAAAGUUAGCUAUAAUUAAACCAAAUGUUCAUUUAAAGGUUCAUAUCAGAAUUGCAGCCAGCCGUAUGCAAUAAAAUGAAGGACCUGGAGCAUCUUGUGAAAUUAUACUUUAGUAUAGGUUUUACAUGUAAGGAAAUACUUAUUCUUAUGGCACAUUGGCACCACAUUGUCAUAAGUAUCAGGACUUUGGAAAUACUGUGCAAGAAACAGAGUCUACUGUAUCUAAAAGAAAGAACCUUGCUGAGGAAAAAGUCUCUUUUGUUGUGGAAGAAACAGCUUGCUCACACUGGCAAUCUGUACCGUGCCUAAGCACGCUUCACCCCUAAAGUCCAGUUCGUUUGACCAGUGUGACCGCUCCGUGCCGUGCUCAGGCAUGGUACACUUCAUGCACGAGCACAAGCACGCGGGUAAACAACAUUGACGGCCUUCAUUAUGGAGAAAUCCGGAGUGUUCUGUCUGUAUCUGACUAAAAUGACUCAAAGUAAAGAAAGAAAGUAGCUGUCAUGUUCUUCGAUGUGCGGACGCGGACUCGGCUGCGUCUGCACAUCGAUGAGCUCAUAAUGCUUGGGCUCAUAAUGGAAAGCCAAUCUGCUCCUGAAGUUCCCUAGCCUGCAAAUCAGUCUGUGUAGAAGCGGGCCUUGAUAAAUGACUGCAGACAUAAAAAGCAUUAAAGGUCACACAUAAUACUCUUCUUCAACCAAUUGAAGUAAGUCACAGAGCUCCCCAAAACAUUUAUUUGAAGUUUCUUGUUAUAAAUCCACUCUGAUUCUGUAUUUGAUUUUGUCUAUAAACCCCUCUAUUUCAGCCCUGCUCAGAACAGGCUGUUUCUGUGUCUGUAGCUUUAAAUGCAAAUAUCUGUUUGACUACACCUCUCUGGGUGGCUCGGGCUUUCUCACUCCAUGCCCAUAUUGUUAACGGGGAGAAGGCAGACUCAGAGGGCAGAACAAACACCUAGUUGUGGGAGUGUCAGCCACCUGGGGAAGGGGUUACUGCCCUCUGUGAUGUCAUGAAGGGAAAAUCUCCAGCCUGUUCGAGGUUUGAGCACAUUUUCUGAAAUUUCUGAAAAGUGGAGCAGGCAAAAGACAGAGGAUAGACUUCCCUCAUUUUAGGGGGGUUUGUAGACAGACUAGCGACACGUAUUAGUGUUAAAAACACAUGUUAAAGUGUAUUUUGCAUAAUUUGUGACCUUUAAAUUAUAAGAAUCUACACUUUCAACCAAAACUGCAUUCAAAUUAAUGAUUGACUAACUUGAUUAGGUGAAGGUCCCUGUUGACUGAUGUCUGUGUCAUGGUAUGACGCCUGUCAGCCUUUCUAUUAGACGGCCCUUCUUCGGUUUCUUGAGCUGGCUGCUCUUCUGUUAUGACAUCAGUAACAAGACGUCAAAUCAUAGCCUACUAGCCUACAUUACAGCCUACAUGGCUAUGAUUCAAAUGUAAAGUUUUAGAUCAUGCUAUCAUAGCAGAAUGUGUAUGAAAAUCAGUGGAGAUUUGGAAAUGUAUUGUCACUUUGAUAAAAACAAAACUCAA